AUGGCUACACCGCUCAUCGCACCCGCCAAACCCAGGAACGCCCGCUCGAAGCGCGCGCUCGACGCCAGGGAGCCUCAGCUCGUCGAGAAGAACGCAAAGACGGCCCUCGUCGUCAGGACAAACGGCAUCUCGGAAAAGGUCAAGGUCGCUCUCAGCGAACUCAACCAGCUCAAGAAGCCCCACUCGAUCACCUUCUCCAAGGCGAACGAGGUCCGCCCAUUCGAAGACACUGCGUCGCUCAACUUCUGGGCGUCCAAGAACGAUGCCAGCCUGUUCCUCAUCGGCACGCACACCAAGAAGCGUCCGCACGGGCUAAUCUGGGCGCGGUGUUUUGCGGGAGAAGUGAUGGAGUUGCUCGAAGUCGGGAUCGAGGAGGUCAUGGCCAUGUCGAGCUUCAAGGGCAUCAAGUCCAACACCGGCUCCGUCCCGCUCUUCCACUUUAGCGCCGUCGAACCCCAUUCCAACCUCUGGGACACCCACCCGACCUUUACCCAGUUCAAGAGCCUCCUCCUCGACUUCUUCCGCGGACACGAGCUCGACGGCGUCGCGCUCAAGGGUCUUGAGCGGGUUGUUUCGGUCACGAUUGGCGGGUCAAGCUCGCUCGACGACCAGGCGUCAAAGGAGGGUGUCGCGAGUGCCGUCGUCGGAAAGGGCAAGGCGGCCGUCGAAUCUGUCAUUGGCGCGAUCCGACCAGCGGACGCGAACCAGGCAUGGGACGAAGACAAGUCGCUCCCGGUUGUCCACUUCCGCACCUACACCGUCCACUUCAUGCGUUCUGGCCUGCGCCAACCGCGCGUCGAACUCGCACCCCACGGUCCGCACUUUACGUUCUCGAUGCGGAGGUCGCAGGCGCCGGCGGCGGAGGUCUGGAAGGAGGCUAUGAAGAAGCAGGAGAAGAAGAGUGCGGCGUCGAACAAGAAGAACAAGAAUGUCGACAUCGACGAGAUGGGCGACAAGGUUGGACGCGUCUACCUCAACCCGCAGGACCUCUCCAAGCUGCAAUCCCGCAAGUUCAAGGGUCUCAAGCGCAAGCCAGGCGAGACCGACGAUGCGGAGGAGGGCGGCGACGACGCGGCGGACGAGGAAGGCGAGGGCAGCAGCAAGAGGCGGAGGGCAUGA